GAUGACGGAAACCCGGAGGGAGGGAAGAGAAAGAGCGAGAGAGCCGCGGCCAGAGCGCGGAGAGGCCUGCGGGCGGCAGCGGGCGGGCCGGAGCCUCCCCCCGAGCCGAGCCGCGCCGCGCUCCCCGCUCCGCGCUCGGCGCUCCGAGCCGUGAGCCCUUCGCCGCGCCCCGGGCGCGUGGCCGGGGCCGGGCGGGGCGGGCGCUCCCGGAGGCCGGGGCCGGCGGCUGCCCGCUGGGCUUGGGCGGGGCGCGGGCUGCGCGCUCCGCGGCUCGGUGGUCCCGCCGGGGGCCGGCGGCGGGGACGCGCGGCUCGCCGCCAUGGACGACAAGGCGUUCACCAAGGAGCUGGACCAGUGGGUGGAGCAGCUCAACGAGUGUAAGCAGCUGAACGAGAACCAAGUGCGGACGCUGUGCGAGAAGGCUAAGGAAAUUUUAACGAAAGAAUCAAAUGUGCAAGAGGUCCGCUGUCCUGUUACCGUCUGUGGAGAUGUGCAUGGCCAAUUCCAUGACCUUAUGGAACUCUUCAGAAUUGGUGGGAAAUCACCAGAUACAAACUACCUAUUCAUGGGGGACUAUGUGGACAGAGGAUAUUAUUCUGUGGAGACUGUGACUCUUCUUGUAGCAUUAAAGGUGCGCUAUCCAGAGCGCAUCACAAUAUUGCGAGGAAAUCACGAAAGCCGGCAGAUCACACAAGUGUAUGGCUUUUAUGAUGAGUGCCUACGGAAGUACGGAAAUGCCAACGUGUGGAAAUACUUUACAGAUCUCUUUGAUUAUCUUCCACUUACAGCUUUAGUAGAUGGACAGAUAUUCUGCCUCCACGGUGGCCUCUCCCCAUCCAUAGAUACAUUGGACCACAUAAGAGCCCUGGAUCGCUUGCAAGAAGUUCCACAUGAGGGCCCAAUGUGUGAUCUCUUAUGGUCAGAUCCGGAUGACCGUGGUGGCUGGGGCAUUUCUCCACGUGGUGCUGGCUACACAUUUGGACAAGACAUUUCUGAAACAUUUAACCAUGCCAACGGCCUCACACUGGUGUCUCGUGCUCACCAGCUUGUAAUGGAAGGAUAUAACUGGUGCCAUGAUCGGAAUGUGGUCACCAUUUUUAGUGCGCCCAAUUACUGCUACCGUUGUGGGAACCAGGCUGCUAUCAUGGAAUUAGAUGACACUUUAAAAUACUCGUUUCUUCAGUUUGACCCAGCACCUCGUCGUGGAGAGCCUCAUGUGACCCGGCGCACCCCAGACUACUUCCUGUAAAUUCCUCCCCAGGACCUGUCUUUGUAUGUGGAAGUAUACCUGGCUUUUUAAAAUAUAUAUAUAUACACAUAUAUAUUUAAAAACAACAGUUAUUUGUGUUUCUGUAACAAAUUGUGAUAUGUCUUGACAUUAAAACACAUCAUGGACCAAAACGUGCCAUACUAAUGAUGAGCGGUUAGCACAGUUUGAACUUUAGUACACUGUUGUAGACAGCCCAACAGCCUGCCUGCUGUACUGUAGUAACCAUUUUUCUUGGCUGGUUAAGCAAAAAGGGUCACUGACUGCUUCGUCUCCUUUGCGCUUACUUGGAAAUUUAGUUACAAGUUUAACUGGCAUGGAUUAUAGAGUUGGAGUUUUAUUUUUUAAGAAUUCACAAGCUGACUUCCACUUAAAUUCAUAAUCCUUUAUUUUAUUGAAAUGUAUGACUAACUGAAGAAGAGAUUCUUGGGAGUAUGUUGUCAUAACAUUAAAGAGAUUUCCUUUAAAGUUUCCUAAACUAAAUUACUGUUGGAUGUUGAUCUGCAUAUUUCUGUAUAUUUGUCAUGACAGUGCUUGCAUCCUCUUUGGUGUACUGAACAAAUAAAAAUUUCCAAUUUAGAGAAAAACA